CUUCUCCAGCAGGGGUGGCAGCGGCUCUUUCUUCCCCACCAAACUAUUUACAAAAAAAUUAGUUUUGUAAACCUCCAUCGAAAGCUAACAAUCUCGCCACUGGACGUCCACCGUAGAACAUUGGACAAUCCUCCGCCGUUCGAAGAACCUAGAACCAUCCGAAGGGGAAGUGAAACGCACCAGGCAAAUACACUAUCUUUCUAACUCUAGAGUGAGUUGGGUGUUCAUUAUUAAAGAUGGCGAACCAUGGAGGUAACCUCAAGGGUGCCUCCACAAAUGGAGUCAAGAUGUACUCUGUUACUGGUAAUCGUUCAGUGGCAACUUGGUUACCUCCUAAAAAGCUUAGAGCUCUUCGCAAAGACAAUGAUUAUCAGAAAAGAGUGGAAUUGGUCCAGGACUUGAAGUUUGAAAUUGCUACUAGCAGAAUAAAGGCUAGUCCUGAUGGAGAAUUUCUUAUUGCAUCAGGCAUUUAUCCCCCGCAGGUCAAAGUGUAUGAAUUAAGAGAACUGUCUCUAAAGUUUGAAAGACAUUUGAUUUCAGAGAUAGUUGAUUUUGAGAUAUUAUCCGAUGACUACUCAAAGAUUGCAUUUCUUUGUGCUGACCGUUCUGUUAACCUGCAUGCAAAAUAUGGAAGUCACUAUAGUUUACGUAUUCCGAGAAUGGGAAGAGAUCUUGCUUAUGAUAGCUGGUCGUGUGAUUUGUUGUGUGCUGCAUCUUCCCCAGAUCUUUACAGGAUAAACUUGGAACAGGGGCGCUUUUUGUCCUCCAUCAGUACUCAAUCUCCUGCACUAAAUGUUGUGGCUCGAAGUAAGCUUCAUGGUUUAGUAUCAACUGGUGGUGAUGAUGGUGCUGUGGAAUGUUUUGAUAUGAGAGUACGAUCAUCUGUUGGAAGGAUAAAUGCUGUAGAUGAGGAGGUAACUGCAAUUCAGUUUGAUGGUGGCUACCAAAUGGCUGUUGGAAGCAGUGUUGGAAAGGUAUUGCUUUAUGAUUUGCGUUCUUCUCGUCCUUUCCGCACGAAGGAUCACAUGCUUGGAAGCCCAAUAGUGGAUAUCAAAUGGCAUCAAACCCUCAACUACGAGCAUCCUAAGUUGAUCACUGCAGAUAAACUUAUUGUCCGAAUUUGGGACCCUGAAACGGGAGAAGACAUGACCAAUAUUGAACCAACCGCAGGAUCAAUAAAUGAUGUUUGCAUUUUUAAUGGAAGUGGAUUGGUGUUAUUAGGUCUCGACUGCAAUCAGAUACCAUCUUAUUUUAUCCCGAGUCUUGGUCCUGCUCCAAAGUGGUGUUCUUAUCUGGAAAAUCUUACGGAAGAGUUGGAGGAGAGCGCAGAAGCCACUAUUUAUGAUAAUUUUAAAUAUGUAACCAGAGAAGAACUUGAAGAAUUGAACUCAACAAAUUUGAUUGGCACCGAUUAUUUAAGAGCUUACAUGCAUGGUUUCUUUAUGGAUUACCGUUUGUAUAAAAAGGCUAAAGAUAUCGCAGCUCCAUUUAACAAAGAUGCUUAUAUAGAGCAGAGAAAACGAGAGAAGAUAGAAGCAUUAAGCACCUCUCGGAUUACGAUUAAGAGGAAACUUCCAAAAGUUAACCGAGAUUUAUACUCUCGCCUGCAUGAGAAUGAUGAACCUGUGGAAGAAAAUAAGGAUGUAGAUGGUACUAAUACUGAUGUUAAGAGAUCUUCCAAGAAAAGAAAAGGACUAAACAGUGAUAUCGUCAAGGAUGAUCGUUUCAACUCAAUAUUUGAAAACAAGGACUUUGAAAUUGACGAAAUGUCGCAAGAGUAUAUGGCUUUGCAUCCAAUGGGAUCUACAAAGCAGCAGUCAUCUUCUUUAGUUGAAGAACAUUUUGAGCCAAUCAUGGAAGAAGAUGAGGAUCAGGCCACUAGUGACGAAGACGACGAUGAUGAUAAUGGUGAUGGAUUGAAAAAGAAAUCUCGGCAACCAAGAUUGUAUGAAGUGAAGGACGAGAGGCAUGCAGAAGCUUUCUAUAACCGUGUUUCACUUUCGAAAGAAGACGCACUUCCAAUGGGAGAAAGAGUGGCGGCUUUGAAUAAGGGACAGAACUGGAAGCGUAAUGCUGAUGAAGUUAAAAUGGGAGCGGGAGGAUCAAGGGAGAUAUCUUUUGUUUCUAAAAGCUCAGCUAGGUAUAAGGAACACGACGACGAUGACAUGAUGGAUGACAGACGCGAGAAAAGAGGAGUAAAAUCAUUGGGUCUUAAAUCAGAAAAGCUACCUUAUGGUGGUGGUGGUAGAGGUCAUCGUGGUGGAAGAGGCCGAAGCAGCAGUGGUGGUGGAGGUAGAGGCCGAGGAGGCGGUGGUGGUGGAGGAAGAGGCGGCGGUUUUGGUGGUGGAGGAAGAGGUGGCGGUUUUGGUGGUGGAGGUAGAGGUGGCGGUUUUGGUGGCGGAGGAAGAGGCAGAGGUGGUGGGAGAAGGGGUGGUGGUGGUAGAGGCAGAGGGAGGCAUUAACUGUUUAUUUUGAUGGCUAAGCACUAUAGUAUUGUUGUAAGCAGAAAACAGUUCUUAUAUCUUUUUGUUUGUGGACAGAUUGAGCAUUAUUUAAGGUUUAUUUUGUUUGUGUCAAAAUUUUGAUAGUGGAAUGAAAGGAAAACAUUGACAAGUAUUUGCUUAACUUGAAAUGGGUUAUUUUAAUCCCACUACCUUG